AUGUCUCGCUUUCACUCUUCUUCUUCCACUGGCAGUGCUCCUGGGGCUGCCAGUUCCAACUCUACAAACACGUCGGCCCCUCGCGGUCGUGGAUAUCAAGUUCCACAAACCUCUAACUCUCUCCAUCCCCCAUCCAUCCAUCCUCUCCACGUCCCAUACGUGUGUGACCAACAAAUGGAACCCUCUUUGGAUCCUUCAAACAUCCAUCCACCAUCUAACAGGCCUGGAAACCUAUCUUCUUCCACAACUUCAGCCUCUACGCAGGCCAAAAAAACCAAAAAAAUUUCUCCUUUGUCAUUGCGUUUGAUUUCUUCUUCUUCUUCUGCAUCUUCAUCUUCUUAUUAUUCAGACUCCUGUGGAUCUUACGAGUCGAUCGAUUGGUCGGCUCUUGAGAUCAAACCCCAUCCCAUGGCCUCCAAGCGCUACAGGUCCCCCACGAUGUAUUCUGACUCCAUCCAGGAGGAACAUACAUCCUCUAACUUCAGCACCGGAUCCAGCGAUUACUUCCCCACCGGCUCCCCUUGCAUCAAUGUAGGCCGUUUACUUGAUGUCAAGGCCCCUCCUCCCAGGCCUUUCGUCACUGACGAUACAUCGGACUCCCUGGAUUACCCCAUUGCCAAGGCCCCUUCUCCCAGGCCCUUCGUCGCUGACGAUCCAUUGGAUCCCUUCUUGGAUCACCCCAUUGCCCUUCCCUCCGGAUCUGGAAUCUCUACCCCUCCCCCCAAAACAAGGUAUGUAUUCCGUGAGGCCACCCCUAGCCCAGGCACCACCCCAUCUUCCAAGGAUUCCUUUUCGGCCCACCACACUGUCUCCAUUUCCUUGGACCCCUUCAAUGGCCAUUCCUGUUCCUCUUCUGUCUUAGCAGAAGAUGGUUCAAAUUCCCCUUCUCCUUCUCCUUCUCCUUCUCCUUCUCCUUCUCCUUCUCCUUCUCCUUCUCCUUCUCCUUCUCCUUCUCCUUCUCCUUCUCCUUCUCCUUCUCCUUCUUCCCCUCCCCUCCAGCUACCUGUAGUACACUUGCAGCCCCGCUUGUUCAGGUUAGCCAGACCCAAAACUUUCACCCAGCUAUAUCUGCAGCAGCCUCGCUGUUUCAGCCGAGCUAAACCCAAGACUUUUACCCAGCGGUGGUCAGAAAUGAUCCUUGAAGAGCAAGUCCUCGAAGCCCGAGCCCAUAUCAUCACGCCAGUUCGACCUUUGAGUCAAAGUCCGGUGGCAACAUCAGACUCUGGUUGUGAAAUGGUCGCUCAAUCUUCUUUGUCAGACCCCUUCUGCAUAUCCCGAGAGCCCAGCCCAUCACCGGAGCCCAUCCCAUCCCCGGAGCCCAUUCCACUACCGGAGCCCGUCCCAUCCCCGGAGCCCAUUCCCUCCCCCAGUCCCCAACCCAUUCCCAGGAGAAACUUUAACAGGUUCCACGAUGCACGCCCACUCUCAUCCUCAUCCUCAUUCUCAUCCGAGGAUGAAUCGGACACCACCGCGGAUUAUCCCUCCUCCCUAGACGACGACCCCUUGGAUACACCGGAGCCAGAAGCCACCCCAUGGACCAUUGCCCCAGUGCAAUCCUGGAUAUCCCGGAAUGCCUCGACCAUUAAAACGGUCACCAAAUGGACCCUUGUUGCAGCCGCAAUCAUCCUUCCAAAGAUCCUUUGGAAAUGGUAA